AUGACAGUUGCAACUUCGACAAUCAUCAAGGUCCGGCAAUAUCGCCCUGAAGACCAUGCCCAGGUUACAAAGGUCUACGUGGAAGGUCUGAUGGCAUGCGACCCUGACCCAAAGUAUUGCUAUCUGUGGGAAGAGCUACUUCGCAAGGACCUCACGAACGACCUAGCUGACAUCGAAGGUAGUCACAUUGCUCCGGGCGGCAACUUCUUGAUUCGACGCGUGUACGUUGAUCCGAAGUACCAGCGCAUGAGUGCAUUCUACGCUGCGCUCGGAUACACCAAAGUGGAUGAAGGGAAGUACAGCUGGACGGACCCUCUCUACCUCCCCGUUGUCAAAUUUGUCAAGCAGUUGUAG